AUGACCUUCAUUGCAGUUUUGGGAAUCUUCAUGACUAUGAUCUGUCCCGCUGUUCUCUGCUGCACAGAUGGCACAUUAGGAAAACACAUUGAAGUCCAGAAGAGCAAAGACACCCAAAAACAACUAGAUAGUCAAACAUUGGUCUCCUUCAACACUGACUUUGCCUUCAGUCUCUACAAAAAGUUGGCUUUGAAGAAUCCAGAUGCAAAUAUUGUCUUCUCUCCACUUUGCAUUGCAACUUCCUUGGCCUCCUUGGCUCUGGGAGCAAAAGGCAAUACCUUGCAAGAGAUUCUAGAAGGUCUCACGUUCAAUCUCACAGAGACCCAUGAGGCAGACAUCCACCAGAACUAUAGCGACCUCCUACAGAGGCUCAGCCAGCCAGGGCACCAGGUAAAGAUCAGCAGAGGCAAUGCCCUCUUUGUUGAACAGCACUUGCAGAUCUUGAAUGAGUUCAAGGAGAAGGCAAGGGCUCUGUACCAGAUGGAGAUCUUCACAGCUGACUUCCAGCAGCCUGAGAAAGCAAGAAAGCUCAUCAAUGACUAUGUGAAGAAACAGAGCCAGGGGAAAAUCAAGGAAGUGGUCUGGGAGCUGGAAAAGAGCACAUCCAUGAUGAUAUUGAAUUUCCUCCUCUUUACAGGCCAAUGGAAUGUGCCCUCUGACCCUGAUGACACAUUCAUGGGAAAAUUCAUAUUGGACAACAGGAGGCCUGUGAAGGUGCCCAUGAUGAAAAUUCGGGACCUAACCAUUCCCUACUUCAGGGAUGAGGAGUUGAAAUGCACUGUGAUAGAGCUGAAUUAUGAAGGUGAUGGCAAGGCCGUGUUCAUCCUCCCUGAUCAGGGCAAGAUGGAGCAGGUGGAAGCCAGCUUACAACCAGGGACCUUGAGGAAGUGGGCAGACUCUCUGAAACCCAGGAUGAUAGACGAGCUCCACCUACCCAAGUUUUCUGUGUCUAAAACCUUAGAAGACGUCCUUCCAGAGCUGGGCAUCAGGGAAGUCUUCUCUGCAGGAACUGAUCUGUCAGGGAUCACAGGAGCCAAGGACAUAAGAGCCUCUCGGAUGGUCCACGACACUAUGCUGGGUAUAGCUGAGACAAGCACAGAAGCAGAUGCCACUACCAUAGUCAAUUAUAGCUUCAAGUCUCCAAAAAUUAACACUACAUUUGUUAACAUUGCCAGGCAAUUCCUAUACAUGGUUUUAGAACCAAAUUAUGAGUUUAUCUCCUUUAUGGGCAAGGUUAUCAACCCUUUAGAAAACUAG